AGAGAGGGGGGGGCGUCUUCAUUUGUUUUGGCUGCAGUUGGAAACUGAGGAGUGUAAACACUGCAAAGUGUACUGCUGGCUGUGUGAUCUCAAGAGUGGAUCUGCCGAGCUGACAACCCCUCUGAAGGGCGGGAAGCCUCCUUCAGCGGCGGUGCGACGAUGACCGAGUUGGUCGCCAAGUGGGCUUGUGAAUACUGCACAUACGAGAACUGGCCGUCAGCCAUCAAGUGCACCAUGUGCCGUGCUCAGAGGCCCAGCGGGAGUGCCAUCAUUACCGAGGAGCCCUUCAAGAGCAGCCCUGCUCUGGAUGCCAGUCUGCACCAGUGGGACCCUGCUGGCCUCAGCAACAGCCCAACCCAGGGGGGCUCCAGCUUACUUAUUUGUCCAGACUCCAGUGCCCGACCCCGUGUACGCAUUGCUGAUGUACCGGAGACUAGCAGCAAGUGGUCGUGCCACAUGUGCACCUACUUGAACUGGCCUCGGGCAAUCCGUUGCACCCAGUGCCUUUGCCAGAGGCAACAAGCUCAGCAACAACAGCAUGGGCAACAUGCAACACAUCAUGGACAUCAUACCCGGCAGCCACGCAGCCCCACAGAAUCCCCCCAGACCUCGGGCUCUGGAUGCCGCCCUGCUCCCCUGGCCACCACUACAGACCCCUGUGAGGAAUACAAUGACCGUAACAGGCUCAACACUCAUGUAAAGCGCUGGACCUGCACUGCCUGCACUUACGAGAACUGGGCCAAGGCACUCAAGUGUGUGGUGUGUGACCACCCUUGGCCAAAUAGUCUGCUCGCUGAACCCAUCGAGCUGGCGUCAGAGUCCGAGAGCCAACAACCUUCCUCAAAACGCAUCGAGCAGGACAGGGACAACAGGAGAGGCGUGGUUGGGCACGUGCUUGGGCAAGGAGUCGGGGGUGUGGUAAGUGGGGUGGUGGGUUGUAGCAGCAGCCAAAGGAGGUCCCCCCCGACCUCAAAACGGGAGUCGGAGGUAAACAUGGACUUUCAGAGGAUUGAACUGGCAUCGGGGGCCGGGAUUGGGAGCAAAGAGGAGCUGGAGGUGGACUUCAAAAAACUGAAGCAGAUUAAGAACCGGAUGAGAAGAACUGAUUGGCUGUUCCUCAAUGCCUGUGUUGGUGUUGUGGAAGGUGACCUGGCAGCCGUGGAGGCCUACAAGUCAUCGGGAGGUGACAUCGCACGCCAGCUAACGUCAGACGAGGUGCGUCUAUUAAACCGUCCCUCGGCAUUUGAUGACGGCUUCACGCUGGUCCACCUCGCCAUCCGCUUCCAGAGGCAGGACAUGCUGGCGGUGUUGCUCACGGAGGUGUCCCAACAGGCAGCCAAGUGUAUUCCCGCCAUGGUGUGUCCGGAGCUAACGGAGCAGAUCCGUCGUGAGGUGGCAGCCUCACUUCACCAGCGUAAGGGCGACUUCACCUGCUAUUUCCUCACCGACUUGGUGACCUUCACCCUGCCUGCAGACAUUGAGGACUUGCCCCCAGCUGUUCAGGAGAAGCUGUUUGAUGAGGUGCUGGACCGAGAUGUACAAAAAGAACUCGAAGAGGAGUCGCCCAUCAUCAACUGGUCCCUGGAGCUCGGGACCCGGUUGGACAGUCGGUUGUACGCCCUGUGGAACCGCACUGCCGGGGACUGUCUCCUGGACUCCGUGCUGCAGGCUACAUGGGGCAUCUAUGACAAGGACUCGGUGCUCCGCAAGACCCUCCACGACAGCCUGCACGACUGUUCUCACUGGUUUUACACCCGCUGGAAGGAGUGGGAGUCGUGGUAUUCCCAGAGCUUUGGCCUGCACUUUUCCCUUCGGGAGGAACAGUGGCAGGAGGACUGGGCUUUCAUCCUGUCCCUGGCUAGUCAGCCAGGAUCCAGCUUGGAGCAGACCCACAUCUUCGUUCUUGCACACAUUCUUCGCAGGCCUAUUAUCGUCUAUGGAGUGAAGUAUUACAAAAGUUUCCGUGGUGAAACGCUCGGCUACACCCGUUUUCAAGGUGUGUACUUGCCCCUUUUGUGGGAGCAGAGUUUCUGCUGGAAGAGCCCCAUCGCGCUGGGCUACACGCGGGGCCACUUUUCAGCACUGGUGGCCAUGGAGAACGAUGGCUUCGACAAUCGCGGCGCGGGCGCCAACCUCAACACAGACGACGAUGUGACCGUCACGUUCCUGCCGUUGGUCGACAGCGAGAGGAAGCUGCUUCACAUUCACUUCCUCUCAGCGCAGGAAAUGGGUAAUGAAGAGCAACAGGAGAAGCUGCUGCGGGAGUGGUUGGACUGCUGUGUGACGGAGGGCGGGGUUCUGGUGGCUCUUCAGAAAAGCUCCCGCCGCCGCAACCACCCGCUCGUGACCCAGAUGGUGGAGAAGUGGCUAGACGGCUACCGGCAGAUUUGCCCCUGUGCCUCUUUGUCUGACGGCGAAGAGGAGGAAGACGACGAUGACGAAUGACAGAACUGAAGCGCGGGGAGGGGAGUUUUUAUUUUAUUUUUUUUCCUUUCCUUACACGGACAAACUGUGAAAGCCUUCAGGAGAAGACAGGGAACCACGAGCCCCCGCCCCCAACCUCUAACAGGAGACACUGCUACUCUUCUAGCACACGCAGGCAACGCUUAAAACACAUCGAACACUUAACUCGGACAAAGAGGAGACUGAACAACUCAACUGCUGCCAAACACAGAUUUGGGGAGAGGAUAACUGUUUACAAAUGCAAAUAACCUUUGGAUUUGUUUUGAUUUUCAAAUGUUAAGGAAAAAAGGAUUCUUUAUCCAUAGAUGUAAAUGCAUGUGGUUGUUUUAAAAAGAGUAUAAGGAAAUAUACCAGCAUUGAUUCAAAUCAACACUUUAUAUCCGUUCAGUGUGGGCACUGACAAAAGCACACUUCCAAAUUGAACUUUUUGAUGUUUUAAGAGUUGGCUUGUUUAGCUAUUUGUUUUUGAAUGGGCUGGGACGAAGCCAAUAAAUAUCAUUAUCUUUAGAAAACCAGAGAUUGUGUAAUACUAAAUGACUUAAAUCCUUAUUACUAAGCAUUGCACAUUUAUUAAAACAUUUAUAUAUAAAUACAGUAUCAUUGCUUAUAUUAAGGUCUUAUAUGAAGCUCUUGAAAAGGGAGAUUUUCCCUUCACAAGUCAAAUCUACACUCAUUAAGUUUCAGCGCACAAACAUUCAUGUUGGAUCUUUUGGUUUACCGUUUUUUCAGACUGAUUGAACUGAGAACUUGUGUGUGCGUGUUCUUUUUUUUCUUCUCUGAACUUACUCGACAUAUUUAUUAUUUGGAAACUUAUAUGAGCUAAUAAGAGCUUUCUUCUGUAUGUGUUUUUAUUUUUCUUCUUUUUGUGGUUUUGUUAAUUAUUUUCUCAAACUUGAUGAAGACUCGUUGCACAGAAACACUUGCUGUGAAGAAAGAACCAAUCAGGACCAUCAGUGAGAAGUUUACUUGCAUUGUUGCAUGUGAUUUAGUACCUCAUCUGGAUGCCUGAAAUCUGGUGCUUUUUUUUUUUGGGCAGGCGGGUUUGAGACAUGAACCCCCACGUCCCACUUGUCUCAUCGUUGUCUCCUAUUUCGUCUUUGUCCCUUUUUUCCCCCCACAUAGCAUUUGUUGUCGAGCUCACCCUCAUGGUACAUGUCAGUCCUCCUCUGUAAUUCAUGUUUGUUGUCAGUGUGUGAACCCAUCUUUAUGGUUUUGAUUAAGGUCGUUGUGAGACUGCAACAUAUGAAACCAAAGCUGACAGGAAAAAAAACACUUUUUUGCUGUGAAUGUUUUGCUUUUUGUCUUUCUUGCCAUUGCGUUCUGUAACUUCUUUUGUGUUUCAUUCAAGUCAUACACGUUUUGAGCAUCACUUGUAUGUUGCUUUGUAUUUAUGCAAUAGUUGCAGUUGUGACUGUUGGUUUGCGGAUUUAGGCCUGACUAUACAGAGUGUAACGCAAUGAACGGGCAAAAUAAGGAAAAAAAAAUAAAGGAAACUCUUUUUGAAUGUCCAACUAA